AUGGAAGAUGACGCCAAUGACGAUGAUGAGGAAGAUAAUUUGCCGCUCGCAGACCUUUGUAAGCGUGUCGUGCCACCGCAUCUGCCUGUCACAGACGCCGCGCUCCCGGAGCCUCCAUCACCGGCCACCUGCUGGCUAAAAUCGUGCCACAACCCUCUACCUCCCUUCGCUGAACGAUGGGAUGGCCAAUUUUGUUCCUGUGAUUGCCUCGUGAAGGCUUGUCGACAAGCCUUUAGGGCCUACCUCAGCCAGAGGAUGGAAACUCCCAACCACCAGGCUGUUUCAUGA